AGAUUUAUCAUAAUUAUUAUAAAAAAAAAUUGAUGUCCUUAAUUAUCGAUUUUCUCUAUGUACUUAUAUAUUUUAAUGUAUUGACAACAAACCGUUACUAUAGUUACUUUCCCUAUUUACGGAGAAAUUACGGAGGAAUACGCUGGUUAUUAAACUGUUCUUGUUUCUAGUGAAGCGAAUAUAUUUAAAUAUGAUGUGUUCUAAUUAUGAUACAAUAAGAUUCAAUAAAGAAUCGGUAGAAUGAGUCGAUCAACCGAAAGAAUUCCAAAACGAUGGAAUAUCUCGGAAAUUCCACGCAGGAACGAAUCAAGCAAUACCGAGGAGUCUUCGUCACUUACCGACAGUACUCCGUAUUCACCGUAUCUCCAGAAUACUAGCACACCUCUUAAAACUAGAAGGACAAAUUUAGAAGAAAUCAAAAAAUCUCGAAGAGGACAAGAAAAAUUUGAAGAUAUCGAAAAAGCGUCCUCUAAUAAAAAAAGAUUGGAAAGAUUUCAGAAACAUAGAAAACAUAUUAGUCGAAGAAAACAAGAUAAUGAAAGAGUUAUUGAGAAGCAAAAAGAAGAACACAAUCGACGUGAUAAACGAAAACAUGAAUAUUCUGAGGAUUUUGGGGAAAAGAAGCAAAACAAAACGGAUUCUGAUUCAGAGUCUGAUUCGGAUAAAAAUUAUAGUGAAAGUGAUUUGGAGAAAUCGAAAAGAAAAAAACAUGAUUUUACAGGUAAAAGAGAUAAUGAAUUACCGAUUACAGAAAUCUUAAGAAGAUCACAAGAAAAUACACAAAAUAAAUAUGAAGAACAAGCGUCAUUUCCUGUAUUAAAUACAGAUAAAGUUUAUGUACAGUAUAAAGGUGGUUUCACUACUAUGAAAAUGAAUCCAUCAAAAGAUCUAUCCAUGAAUUCUUCUAAAAAUAAAAAAAUCGAAAAAGACGCUGUUGAUCCUAUUGAUAAUCGAAGUUCUCCACCUAUAAAAAUAGCCAUUUCGAUUCAACAAUUUUGGAAAAGAGCAGGUCUUUUAUGUCAAGGUAUUUUAGCUGGUACAGCAUUAAUGCAUUUUAUAACGUUAUGCACAGUUUUUAGUAAUUCCAUGGAAUUUAUUGUAAAAUAUUCAAAAUAUUCCGAAAUUUACACAAAUAAUUUCUCAUUUCUUAUCGCUUUAUGCAUUGUGGCAACAUUUGAUAAAUUUGAUUUGGCACGAUUCGAUAUAGAGCAUCUACGUGAGCUUUAUUUUGAUUAUAAUAAAGCAAUAAUCGCAGUUCCUUUGUAUCUGACCAUUUUUUGCCUUCAUCAAAUUUGUGCAGAGAUUGACAAUAAAUUAAGUUCAAUCCAUUAUUACAAUUCCAACAUUUCUAUAUUGCAAAACAUCACUAAUAUUCAAUCUCUUCUGGACGAAUUGAAUAACUGGCAAAAAAUAUCCAUCUCGAAAGACGUACUUGCAAUGUUUGCAUGGUUAUUUGUUGCUCUUGGUACCAGGGACGAUUCAUUUUUAAUAUAUCUACAGUCAAUGAAAAAAUAUAUAAACGAUAUUGAGACUUCUGGAUAAUAAAUCAAUUUCUUUGGGAUAGAUAUUUACUUAAUUUAUAUUACCAUCAUAUGGCAUAAGGAUAGCAAUAGGAUAA